GGAGGUCAAUCGUGGAUCAGGGAAAGCGAAGGCAGGAGCGUGAGGUGAACUGAAUUUCAGGUUUCUCUGUAAAUAAAAUUAAUAUGAAUUCACCGACCCAAAAUUCCACUACCAGCAGCUGCAAUGAUGCUGAUUAUAACUACAGCAACGACACAUACCCUAAAGACUUCUGCUGGUAUUUUGAGGACAAGAUUAGCAUCUUGACAUGGAUAAUUGUUUGUGUCAGCCUUCCUUUGACCCCACUGGCCAUCUUUUUUCUUUGUAAGCAGGUGCGAAAGGAUCACAUCGGUCAAAUCUAUCUCAUCAACCUUCACAUUUCUGACCUUGUUCAGCUCUUCUGUAUGGUUGUUCACAUGUCAGGUGUCAAGGACGGCCUCACACAGAUAAUAUUCUUUUUCUAUGUCUACCCUUCUGGUCUGAUGGCAAGUGUUGGCUUCAUGGUGUGUGUCUCCAUGGAAAGGUAUUUGGUUGUUGCCCAUCCAGUGUGGUACCAACAGAGACGAACAAUCAAGGUCACUGUGGUGGUUUGUGUCUCAGUCUGGAUCCUUUCUAUCUUUGUUGGCCUCUUAAAUAAUGACUUUUUGGGUGCCUUCCUCAUCAUUCCCCUUCCUCUUCUCUUUUUCUUCCUUAUUCGAACUAUUAAAGCCGUGUCUGCAACCAGUGUCCCCUCUGAUGAAAAACAAAAAAUUGUGGCAGUUUUGGUGGUGGUGGUGCUGAUUUACAUAUUGGUGUUUGUGCCCAGAACCAUUUUUGAAAUACUGCUCCUGACAGAUACAAAAUGGCAGACAUUGUACUUUGUGUAUGACACUACCUGCAGUUUAGUUCAGCUGAAUCCCCUUAUAGACUUGAUUAUGUACUUUUUCAUUAACAAAUGGGUGUUAAACAAGCUUUUCAGUUGUCUGUGUUGUUGCAAAUUGGACAGCAAUGAUCUCAGAACUUCAGUGACAACAACAUGAAAUCAGAAGCAAAUUGUGCAAUUUCUGAAUCACCUUAAUGUGGACAAGUGACGCAUGAUUUUGUUGGUGUGUUGGUUUAAUGGGAAAUGGCUGUUCAGGCAAUGUUUCUGUUGUUUAUUAGGAUUAAAAUGUAAAUAAUAUGUAUCUAUUAAUACAAUCACCAUUUAAUUCCUAAAUCUUUAUUUGAUGUCUUUUUUCUUUUUCUGAUUAACAAUUUUAUCUAUUUUUCUUUUUGAUCAUACAAGUAUCUUUGUUCAUUUAAAUUGAUUAAAAAAUUUGCUUACUACCCAUGUCAGUCAUCGUAUAUAUAUUUUUUGUGAAUAAUACUCUAUUUUAGUUUUGUUGAGACAAUUUUUGUUUGAUCUUUUGUGCCAUUGGCUGAAAAAUUAUCUGCUCUUUCAGCAGUGAUCCAACAACCUACGCUCUUAAAUGCCUUUCUGCAGUCUGACAGUGCCCUGUGGUCUAAAAAGGCAUGUAUAAAAAUGUAUUUUCAAGAAAUCCAUUUUGUGCUUAAUAAUCUACAAUAUGAUAAUAUAAAUAAAUCAAUGAAGACUUUAUUGUUGUUCAUAUAGUCAUAAAAAAGGGAAUAAAAUUAAUUAACUCAAAUUCCAUUGUGCAGUGUCACAUUAAGAGGAAUCGAGUUAAUUGAUCUAACACACUGCUGUAUGUUUAAUAUCAUCUUGCAUCUAAACAUUGGAGCCUGUUGAUUUAA